ACACGGUGGAUGCGAAAUUGACAAGCCACUACCUGCCUUGCUGUGCCAGCUACCUGAUUGAUUGUACCCAGCCAGUGCCUCUGUCGCGUCAUGUCUUUGCUGAGUUACACCGUUCACGUCGAUUACGAGGCGCAAUUGGAGAGUUUCAAGGACUUCCUGAAGCAUUUCAAAAGCUUUGAAUCGGCGUCCGAGUCUGCCGCGACCGAAGCCAUUGAAGACCUCAACCUUGAUGAGGAUGGCACCAGCGACGAAUAUGACUUCAUGGAUGAUGUGGAGGAUAGCGCACAGCGACCUGGGCGCAGACGAAGAGAGCCGAAGCUCAAGUAUAUGCAGCUGUUGCAGGAUGUUGCUGACCGGGAGCGCACUAAUAUUUUGAUUGAACUGGACGAUUUGGCUACUUAUGAGAAAUCUCUUCCCGAUGAUACAGACCUGCGUCUUGUUGAAAGUGUACACAAAAAUACCCACCACUACAUCGAACUGUUUUCACGGGCAAUCGACGAUCUCAUGCCCAAAGAGAGCAAGGAUAUUACUUUCAAAGAUGAUGUGCUCGAUGUGAUCAUGUCGCAGCGUGAAAAGCGGAACGAAGCCAUGCUUAUGGCGGCCGAGGCCAACGCAGAUGCAGAGGCAGCCGACUCGAUCUUCCCUCCUGAAUUGACUCGUCGCUACACCGUUAACUUCAAGCCACUCACACCUUCUGGAUCAAGCACCGACCGUCAAUCUAAGGCCAUUGCGGUGCGGAAUGUGCGGGCAGAACAUAUUGGCGGCUUGAUCACAGUCCGUGGUAUCACGACCCGCGUUUCGGACGUCAAGCCUGCCGUCGAGAUCAACGCUUAUACUUGUGAUCGCUGCGGAAGCGAGGUUUUCCAACCAGUCACCACUAAGCAAUUCCUCCCUAUGACAGAAUGUAAGUCGGCGGAAUGUCAAACAAACCAGUCCAAGGGGCAGCUGUUCCUUUCCACGCGCGCCUCGAAGUUCGUUCCGUUCCAAGAAGUCAAGAUCCAGGAGAUGGCCGAUCAGGUCCCCGUGGGCCACAUCCCGCGGACAAUGACCGUCCACUGCCACGGAAGCCUCACUCGCCAGCUGAACCCGGGAGAUGUUGUCGAUAUUGCGGGUAUCUUUCUCCCUAUUCCCUACACCGGGUUCAGGGCUAUCCGCGCCGGUCUGUUGACUGAUACCUAUCUGGAGGCCCAACAUAUCACACAGCACAAGAAGUCCUACCAGGACACCGCCAUGGAUAACCGCACCCUUCGCAAGAUCGAACAGCAUCAGAAGUCUGGAAACAUGUAUGAGUAUUUGUCGCGAUCGAUCGCCCCCGAGAUUUACGGUCAUCUCGAUGUCAAGAAGGCAUUGCUUCUACUUCUUAUUGGUGGUGUGACGAAGGAAAUGGGUGAUGGUAUGCACAUUCGUGGUGAUAUCAACAUCUGUCUGAUGGGUGAUCCUGGUGUCGCCAAAUCUCAGCUGCUCAAGUACAUCGCCAAGGUUGCCCCUCGAGGUGUUUACACUACAGGUCGUGGUAGCAGUGGUGUUGGUCUCACGGCUGCUGUCAUGAGGGAUCCUGUAACCGACGAGAUGGUCUUGGAGGGCGGAGCCCUGGUUCUGGCUGACAACGGUAUUUGCUGCAUUGAUGAAUUCGACAAGAUGGAUGAUUCGGACCGGACUGCUAUCCACGAAGUGAUGGAACAGCAGACCAUUUCUAUUUCCAAGGCAGGAAUUACGACUACCCUCAACGCCCGAACAUCUAUCCUCGCUGCAGCUAACCCACUCUACGGCCGAUACAAUCCUCGGGUGUCCCCCGUGGAGAACAUUAAUCUGCCAGCUGCGCUGCUCUCGCGUUUUGAUGUGAUGUUCUUGAUUCUUGAUACCCCUUCACGUGAUGCCGAUGAAGAACUUGCCAACCAUGUCACAUACGUUCACAUGCACAACAAGCACCCCGAAACUGAGGAUGCAGGUGUCAUGUUCACGCCUCAUGAGGUCCGUCAGUACAUCGCCAAGGCCCGGACCUACCGGCCCGUGGUCCCCUCUUCCGUCUCGGAUUACAUGGUGGGGGCGUACGUGAGAAUGAGAAAGCAGCAAAAGAAGGAUGAAGACGAACGGAAGCAAUUCUCCCAUGUCACCCCCCGUACUCUGCUGGGUGUUGUCCGUCUGUCGCAGGCCUUGGCUCGUCUGCGCUUCAGCGAAGUCGUCGUCAUUGAGGAUGUCGACGAGGCCCUGCGCCUGAUCCAGGUCAGUAAGGACUCCUUGUCCAGCGAUGGCCAGUCGGGUCUGGACCAGACCUCCAGCAGCAAGAUCUACCAUCUUAUCCGCAGUAUGUGGGAGAGUGGUGCUGCCGCAGUCGGUGACGGCGAGGAGGGUGAACUCAGCAUGAGGCGCAUCCGCGAGCGGGUGCUUGCAAAGGGUUUCACCGAAGAUCAGCUUACGACGGCUGUGAACGAGUAUGAAGAAUUCAACGUCUGGCAGCUUAUGGGCAAUGGCGACCGUCUGCUUUUCGUUGACACUAUGGAUAUGUGAGCGAUGGAGAAGGGUUGAUUUGACCUAGAUGGUGGAAAGAUUCUUGGGGUUCUUUAAUAUUAUCAAAGUUUGCUUGUAAUCGGCCAAUCUCUCAUAUCUGCGAGACGUGCUGUGCUUGAGGGUGGGUAGCUAGAAACCGGAUUGGUGUUUUGGAGUAUGAGACUUUCGUGUUCCGAACGUGUUGGAAU